CCUCCCCCAGACUCUAAUUCGCCGCCUUGAAAACUUUUCCUCUCUUUCCUCAAAAUUCGAUCCAAUUCUCACGAGUUCUACUUCGCUGCCUCCAUUUGACCUCUGAUCGGAUCGGAACAAGAACCCUAGCUGAACUGGUAGAUCUAAUUUGAUUAGAUUCCAUCAUGUCGAAGUCACUUCCUUAUUCCAUGAAAGAUGUUCACUACGAUAACGCCAAGUUCCGUCACCGAUCUUUCUCCAAGGCGCUAUCACAGACCCUGCUCACAAGUAACGUAAAACGUGAGUGUGUAAGUUGUAGUACAGGGAAAUUUCUAGUGCUAUUGUUGACAUUUGGUUUGGCAUAUCUUCUGUUGACACAUUCAAGUACUGUGCAUUCUGUUUCCAAUGAACUGGAAAAUGGUAUCAGGGCAAAUGAAGAAAAGGUCACCCCUGGUGGGGGCAGCAGACUUAGAAAACUUUGGAUAAAACCACCUAGGCUUCCUCCUCGUUUAUCACCAGAUGAAAUAAGUGGUCCUAAGAAGCCUGAUCUAGAGUCAGAAUGGAUAGCUAAGCAACAAAAGGUUAAGGAGGCUUUCAUCCAUGCCUGGUCUGGCUAUAAGAAGUUUGCAAUGGGCAAUGAUGAGCUUAUGCCACUGAGCCAGCAUGGAGUUGAUGGGUUAGGUGGCCUUGGUGCUACUGUCGUGGAUGCUCUUGAUACUGCUAUGAUAAUGGGGUUAGAUGAAGUUGUUUCUGAAGCUGGCUCUUGGAUUGAGUCACAUCUUUCAGAAAGGAUUAGCAAGAAAGGCCAAGUUAAUUUAUUUGAAACUACAAUACGAGUUUUGGGGGGUCUUUUAAGUGCAUAUCAUUUGAGUUCAGGAGAUCAAGGUAUAAAAGUAGAACAGAAGGGGCCUAAACCAGCUGUUUAUCUAGAUACUGCUAGAGAUUUGGCUGAUCGUCUGCUAUCUGCCUUUACUUCCAGUCCAACUGCUGUUCCUUUUAGUGAUGUUGUCCUACAUGAUUCCUCAGCUCAUCCAGCCCCUGAUGGGCUUAGUAGUACUUCAGAAGUUUCCACUGUACAACUUGAGUUCAAUUACCUCAGUGCAAUUUCUGGUGAUCCAAAAUACAGUAUGGAAGCCAUGAAGGUUUUGGCACAUAUGAAAACUCUUCCAAAGGUGGAAGGAUUGGUUCCUAUAUACAUGAGUCCUAAAUCUGGUGAAUUUAGUGGAGAAAAUAUUAGACUGGGAUCUCGAGGUGACAGCUACUAUGAGUACUUAAUAAAAGUGUGGCUUCAGCAAAGAACAAGUCAAGAUGGUAACUUCACAUAUCUAUAUGAUAUGUAUCAGGAAGCAAUGAAGGGUGUCAGACAUUUGCUUGUUCAGAAAUCGAUCCCAAAUGGAUUGGUUUUUGUGGGGGAACUUCCUUCUGGGCCAAAGGGUGAAUUUAGUCCAAAAAUGGAUCACCUGGUUUGCUUCUUGCCUGGUGCUCUUGCACUUGGUGCCACCAAAGGCAUCACAAGGGAGAAAGCUAAGAAGGGCAAUCUUCUCACCUUUGAAGACCUAGAAAACUUGAAACUUGCAGAAGAUUUGGCAAAGACAUGCUUUGAGAUGUAUUCAGUGACUUCCACUGGUCUGGCUCCAGAAAUUGCAUACUUCCAUACUAAGGAAUAUUCUGAAGAUGGUCUGGAUGGUGGAAAUAAGAGUUCAAAAUAUGUCAAUGACAUAAUAAUCAAACAUGCUGACCGUCAUAAUUUAUUACGUCCUGAAACUGUUGAAUCUCUGUUUGUAUUAUAUCGUAUCACCCAAGAUCAAAAAUACCGUGAAUGGGGUUGGCAAAUUUUUGAAGCAUUUGAGAAAUACACAAAGGUGGGUUCUGGGGGAUACACUUCCUUAGAUGAUGUAACCACAAUUCCUCCUCAAAGGAGAGACAAGAUGGAGACCUUUUUCCUUGGCGAAACACUGAAGUAUUUAUACUUGCUGUUUGGGAAUAGCUCCGUUAUCCCCUUGGAUAAGUUUGUUUUUAACACAGAAGCUCAUCCUUUUCCAAUUAAUGGAACCGUCUAAGAGGAUUGCAAAACAUUCAUGUGAAGGGAGGCCUGUAAACGCUCAAUGUUGCUUCGCCACAAACUCCAGUCGUCUUGACAUGGUUUUGUAGUAUAUCUUGUGACAAAGGGAUUCGGUGGCCAGGUUAAAUGGUCUUGGCUUAGCUUUCCCUUGUCAUGUGCAUGGCGAUCUUGAUCUGCAGUGAUAUGCCUACAGGAGGAAAGUUACAUUGGCAUUUGAAUGGCGUGCCCGAUCAUGACAGGAUCAGAAGAUGUGUUUGUCUCAUAGACAUUUUUGAAAAUUGAAUGUGGAUGGGGUCUUGCCCUCCCAAAGAAGUGUUAGAGUGAAAUACAACCUAUGUAAUCAACUUAACUGGUUUAGAAGAAUUUUGGCUGCUUUCAAUUCCAAACCAACUGAUUUGGUUAUAUUUUCUGGAACAUUUCAUGAAAUUGCG